AUGGAUCUUCCGCGAGACGUGUUGUGUACCAUUUUCCAGAAGCUCGGCGCAAUCGAAACCCUCAUGCGCGCCCAGCACGUGUGCUCUGUGUGGCGCUCCAUUUUGAAGGACCCUCUCCUGUGGCAUACCAUCGACAUGAGCAAUUCUGGCGACAUGGACUUCCAGUUAGGCAUCAUGUGCCGCCGCGCAAUUAACUAUAGUUGCGGCCACUUGCUCCAUAUCAACAUCAAGAAUUUCGGCACCGAUGAUCUCCUCCGCCACAUCACCGAUUCUACAAAUAGUCUACAAGGACACGAGAAUAAAAUCAUGGCUUCAGUUUAUGUAGAUGCAGAAGAACCAUUGUGCAUAAGUGGCGACAGUGGAGGGGGCAUAUUUAUUUGGGAAAUUGCUGCCCCUUUUAGGCAAGAUCCCUUGAGGAAAUGGAGUGAGAAGAAGGAUUGGCGCUUUAGUGGUAUCCACUCCUUGACUGUUUCCAAAAAUCGUUCUCUUUACACUGGAAGUGGAGAUAGAACAAUUAAAGUUUGGUCAUUAAAGGAUGAAACUUUGAUAUGCACAAUGACUGGCCAUAAAUAUGUAGUUUCCACGCUAGCUGUUUGUGAUAAGGUUCUUUACAGUGGUAGUUAG